GUUGUCUGGGCGAAGUCCUGUGCCAAACCAUACCACGGGUUCUGUUCGUGAGAGGGAGUGCUCAACUAUGUUUGUGUCGUGCUUUGGCUGAGCACGUUACACGAGAACCAAUAGUAAUACCCCAAACUCGGAUUAUAGUUUAAGUAAUAGUUUAUGAUCCUCCCUCCAUCCAAACCAGCCACACCCAGCACCAUGACUCACCUGGAGCAGGUGGAGUUUGAUCAGAGACUGGACAGCGCUGCCUCCUGGAUACAGGUGGUCCGGGAGAGACUCAGACAAAAUGACAACACACAAGGACCUAGAGAGGAUUUGGAGGCCCGGGUUCGAGCAACAGAGGAAAUCUGUGUGUCUAAGGAAGAGGGCAGGAUGAAGGUGGAUUUGGUCGUAGUGGCUGCAGAGUCCUUGCUGAGGACCUGCAGCGAAGAGGACAGGGUCCAUAUUCACACCAAGCUAAGGGAGCUCAAAACACUAUGGGAGGAGACGUCUACGUACAUCACACACUGCCACAGUCGCGUGGAGUGGGUGUGGCUCCAUUGGGGGGAGUACCUGAAGGCCUACGAGGGGCUCUGGGCUUGGCUGCUCAGGGUGCGGAUGGCCCUGGCCCCCGAGCUGGAGCUGCAGCUGGGCCUGCAGGAGAAGCUCUGGCAGCUGGAGCACCACCGGGUGCUGUUGGAGGACGCCCAGCACCAUGCCUCCCACCUGGAGAGACUGAUGGAGGAGGCCGAGGGCCUCCACGUCAGGACGGAGGAUGAGAGUGUGGGCCCCGAGGCACGGAAGGACUUAGAGAGUGCUUACAACAAGAUGCUGCAGCAGGCCAAGAAAAGAGUGUCUUCGCUGGAGAGGAUUGUCGAAGAGCAGAGGGCCUAUGACAAUCUAGUUGAAGACUUCAGAUCGUGGCUGGUAUCCCAAACCCAGAAAGUGAACCAGAGUUUAGAUGCCAAGGGCCCACCAGAGAUCAAGCUCAAAACACUCCAGGAGCUCUAUGACACUGUGAGUAGCAGAGAAGAGGCCUUGUGUCACAUCGAGUUUGUGGCCAUUGGGGUAAAGAACGGCUCCUCUCCAGGGGGGGCGGAGCGGAUCACCCAGGAGACAGAGGCCCUGCGCGGGGUGUGGGAGAGCCUGAAGGAGCGGCUCGUGGCGGAGCAGGAAGCCUUGAGAGAGCUGCAGCAGUCCCAGGAAGCCCGGGUCUCACUCUCCGGGCAGCUGGAGAGAGAAGUCACCCGACUCCGCACUCUAGUUCAGAAGUUUGGCCGAGAGCUGGAGGAUGGAGAGGAGGGUUCGCUGGCUGCAUGGAGGAAGUCUGCUGAUAUCCUCAGUGCCAUGGCAACCGAGGAGCCCUGUGUGGAACAGCUGAAGGUGGAGCUGAAGAAACUAUUCCGAUAUCCCCACGAUGCCACUUCCCUGUCUGACCGAGUCCUGGCCUGCAUGAAAGAGUUUCAGGGGGUUAAAAGCCGGGCGUUCAGACUGUGUGCAGAGAGGGAAGCUGGUUUCACCAAGUGUCUACGGGAACUACUACAGGACCACAGCUGUUGGAGUCAGAUGGCCAAAAAGAUGUUGGAAGUGCCUUUGGAGCCGCCUGACUCCAAGAAUAUCACCCUCGUGCUGGGAAACGUGGAGAAGUUGUUGCAGCAUAGGCACCAUUUGCAAGAAAGGCAGAGGCAUCUGCCACUGGAUGAGGACUCAUUAAACAUUGUGUAUGGACCGGAGAAAGCCCACGAUCUCCUGAAAGACCUCGACGUUGCGUUUAGGACGAGAGAAGAUCUGUACGAAAGACUGCAACCGAGGAAAACCCAGCUGCAGGGGAUGUUGUCUAAUGUGGAUCAGUUUGACAAGGGAUAUGAAUCGAUCUUGAAACAUCUAGACAGUCUCCGAGAGAGACUAACAUCUGUUGCCACGUUGCAGCCUGACUUAGAAGCCAAAAGGACUCAGAGUGACCAGUUAAAGGCAAUUGUAGCAGAGUUGGAGGCCACCCAGGCUGAUUUAACAUCCUUAGAAGCGCUGGCUGCAGACAACCACGGCUACAUGAAAAGAUUCAACUUGCUGUAUGCCGAGUGGAAAAAUCUGCUCAGUCGUGCUAAGGUGAAACUGAAUGAGAACACUCAGAAUGUAGCGGAGCAUGAAGAGUUUAGCCGGAGCCUGCUGGAUCUAGAGGGCUGGCUGAAGGCAACGCAGGAGAAAAUGGCCGCUUGUGGUGGAGUGUCUGGGCAAGGAAAUGGAGACGGCGUCAGUACUGACAUAGAGCCAGGAGAGCUUCUGGAGAGAGAGAUGCAGUUCCACCAGACUGAGGCCCAGGGACAGCGAGUGAUGGCCAGGACGGGUAAGGAGGGCCAGGGGCAAAUCCUGCAGGCUUUACAAAGGCUGAGAGAGUACUGGAACGUAAUAUACACUCUCCACACUCAGCCUCAAAGUCACCCACGGCUGACAGAGAGGGAUGGCAAACCCUCAGCGACUGCAUCGUCAAGAGUUAAAUCCAAACAAAUGGCUGAGCGUGUGGAGGAUACUCGUAGAGGCUUGCCCAGUUUGAAGCAGUGCGAUUCAGGUCCACGUCUUGGAUAUGAAAAAGAGGGAGGGAACACUGUGCGUAUGUUAGCCACACCAGCCAUGGAUGAAUACCCAGGUGGCAUCCAAGAGUUGGAUGGUCAAGGUUUCCGUUGGCAACAUACGGCCAGCGGAAGUGGUGGAGUAAACCAGCAGCGGCUUGAGGGUGUAGAUGUUUCAGGUGUGCUCCCUUUAGUGGACAGUAGUAGAAGUACUCUGAGGCAUAGGAUGAACCCCAGAGGAGAGACUGAGGGAUUGACAUCAACUACCACAAUGUCCUUAGACGCACAACUGGUGUCAGAUACAGCGGGCUCUGUGAAGGGUUCUGGGCAUGCUCAGAGUGGUGGAAAUCCCUGUAAACACAGAGAGGCCUUUGAGGCUUGGCUGAAAAGGGGGAAUGCUGAACUCUCGAAGAUCUCAAGUUACAAGGGGCCUCUAAGUCCAAAAGAACGCCAGACCCAGCAACAGAAGCUUCUGGAACUUCGCGCUGACCUGACGAGAGGUCAUGACUUGUUCCAGAGAAUGACCUCUGCUGGGAUUGAAGGUCAGGCUCUAGAAGAGCUAAGGUAUCACUGGAUGCUUUACAAGACCAAAUUACAAGAUUUUGGAAACCUGCAGACACAACCAGAGCUCAAGGACAAACUAGCACCUAAGCAGACCGCACUUGAAGCCAGAAAACCCCAGAAGAGUGGCGGCUUCCUGCAGCGCGUGUGCUGUGUGGCCCUGCCCCUCCAGCUGCUGCUCCUGUCCCUGCUCCUGCUGGCCUUCCUCCUGCCCCUCACGGAGGAGAGCGCCAGCUGCUCCCUCGUCAACAACUUCGCCCGCUCCUUCAAAGUCAUGCUGCGCCAUGACGGCCUGCCACCGACCUGAGAGACGCUCUGCCACCGACCUGAGGGGACGCUCCUCGGUCACAAAAGGAUGACUGUUCAUUUACAGACUUUGACGGUGCUCUUAUCCCUUAUCAGUGCUGCAGUCUAAUGGAUUUUUCUCAACUCGAUGAAGACAGUUACAGUGUUACAGUCUUUGUGAAAGACUAAUGUGACUGCACAGAACAUUAAAGCAGUAAUAUGCAGGGUUUUACUGCUCUGUGAGGUAACUUUAUUUGAAUCAUCCUCAAAUUCACCAAGCCCACUAGCCAGCCAGGUUAAUCACUAUGUAGUGGGUAGUAUUGUGACCCAGGUCCGAAACCCCUUGAAAAAGUAAGAGUAGCUUUUACAGCACGUUGUCACCAAAUACAAAGUCUUGCGUCUUUUAGAUACUUAGCUGACUAGUUUUAGACGAAAAGUCCUUACUGCUGCUUUAAGUAUCAAAAUGUAACAGAACAUUGUUACCCAGUACCUACUAAUAAGGAACAGUGUUUCUAAUAGUAGUCUACUAGUCACAUAUCAUAAUGUAGGCACAUACUUUUAUUAUACUUAUUAUUGACAUAAAACCUGUCAAAUAAGUCGGAGCAGUUCUGUUAACCACACCAAAAGUAAGAAAAUCCAAAGCUUCUUGAAGUCAUCUUCCGGUCUGGUUCCAUAUGUACUGACACUGUCUGCACACAUUGAUCUGUUGUAUAAAUACAGAAUUAUGUUUUUUUUUAUGUUACAUUGUAAUUAAUAGUAUAGUCAUAUAGUCAGACAGUGACGGGGUAAUACAAUGCAACCAAACUAAAUGACUGUACUUUUUCUCUCCAGAUUGGUUACUGAUAAAAGAAUAACGUUUGUUAUUUGUCUCUUUGCGCCAUUUAUAUACUGUAAGCUUUGAGCCAAAAAUAAAUAUGAAGUUUUGCUUUUGCUUCAAUUCAAAAAUGAGUUAUAACUUGUCAGAGUGCCUUUCAAAACUUCUUGCUGAUCUUUUCUAGGCAUCCAUUGCAUGACAAUGACAAUUCUGUCUCUGUCCCUACAAGUGUGGGAAUGUUUUAUAAAUAAAAUGUAUGUCAGAUUGCU